CAAACAUCUCCAACAACAAAUCUCUCGUUGUCAAGGAGUAAUGGAAUCCUUUAAUAUGCGAGAGCUGUGCUAUAAUAGGAAGCGUAGAUACGCCAGAAAAUGUCUUAAAACAUUCGGUGCGUUUCUAUUCGGAUUCGUAAUUAUCAGUGUUAUUGAAAUCUAUGCCCAUUUUCCGACUACUGAUAUAAACGUCAUGCGAGUAAAAGACAACUGUUGUUCGUCGUCGUACUGGGACGCUCUGCUGGACUCGGAAUCUUUAACAGGAUAUCAAAUACUGCAAUACGUCAUGUGGACCAACCGCUCGUCUUGCCACUUGAUUCACGAUUUCGGAGGUAUCAUUCACCAAGAUGUGCAUCCAGCUGGACUUGAUGGGCAGAAAGCUGUCUGCAUCGAUCCUGAAGUGGCUCCCGAUAGGAAAAAUUGCCUCGUCUAUUCCUUUGGCAUCAACAACGAGUGGUCAUUCGACGAGCAAAUGGAAAAAUACGGAUGUCAAGUCUUUGCCUUCGAUCCUUCCAUGAGCAUGUAUCAGCACGACCACACCCCCGGCAUUCACUUUUACAAUUGGGGAUUGGGCAAUCGGGACGAGGUGACAGUUGAACGAAACUGGACACUUCGUUCACUAUCGUCCAUCUACAACAACCUAACUGCACGCCACGGUGAAAAGGUAAUCGAUUAUCUGAAAAUUGACAUCGAGUUCGCCGAAUGGGUUGCGCUGCCAGAGAUCAUCAAGUCCGGCAUGUUGUCCAAAGUCCGUCAACUUGGAAUUGAAAUUCAUCUCGACAAUACUAAAUCGAUCGACGGAAGCCGCCAGCAAGUCCAACUAUUAAGAUCAGUCGAGAAAAUGGGAUUCAUCCGAUUCGAUUCCAAAUACAACCCUUGGUCCAUGACACAUUUUACUCAAUUGGGGUUAUUUUCUGUACCUUUUGCUUACGAGAUUGCAUGGUAUAACGACAAACUGUUACACGACUCUUAA